AUGCCUAAUCUAACAUCUUAUCAUGCUCCACCUAUUCAUUUAAAUCGAGAACUUCCAAAAACUUAUUGUGAUUUAAUUCGACAUGAAAUUGAUUAUAAUCAUUUUCUUCGCACACGUAUUACAAAUAUUCAAUCAUCAUUAUCUUUUACAAAUAAGAAACAUUUAACGAAAACAAUGAAUACUCAACGACAUCGUAAAUAUUUCGAUCAUAAUCAACGUUUAUUUCAUAUAUAUCAACGUAAUUUACAAUUAUGUAAAAAAAUUCUUCAAAUUUGGACAAAUAAUAGUAAACAAAAAGGUGGUGUUGAUUGUCAUAAUGAAAAUUAUAAAAAACAAACAAAAAUUUCUCAUUUUCGUUUACAACAAAAACAAUGGAAAGAUAAUAUUGACAGUGAAAAUAAACGAUUAAUUCGUUCAGUAAUAUAUCAUCGAAAGAAAUAUCAACCAGUACAUGAUCGAUAUACAGCUUAUAAAGCUUUUCAAUAUCAUUUAAAAUUACUAAAAGCUAUGUCUCAAUAUCCAAAAUAUAAUAUAAAUACAAAUAUUUCUUUACAAACUCAAUGUCAAACAUUACCAUUCUCUUAUAAAUUUCAUAGACAAAAACCUAAAAUAAUCAAAAUGAAAUUUAAUAAACCAAUUAAACAUCAAGAAAUACAAACAAAUAAAUAUAUAGAAAAUAUUUUACAACAAACAAUGAAUAAUGCAAUUUAUAUUUAUAAUCAACCUCUUCCAUCUGCAUUUAAUCGUAUUAAAUCAUCAUAUUCUGCAGAUAGUCAAUGGUUAAAACCACAUUUCAAGAAUCACUUAGAACUCUUUCGAUCAUUUUCAUGUCGCCAAUUGCUUGAACCCUGGCGUAAUACGAAACAACAACAGAGUGGACCAUUAGGAAGUUAUACCAUUAAUGAUAAGAUGAUAAAUGAAAAAUAUCAUGUCUUUGAUUCAUAUAAUAAUACACAGAAACUAAAACAGAAACAAUUAAGAAAAGAAACCAACAAAUAA